GUAGGUACCUACUUUACCAGUGGAUUCUCUAUACCAUGAAGUCUAUACUUCUGUAAAUGCUUUGUAUGAUUUCGGGUGUAUAUACUGUGAGUCACAUUAUCAAAUACAGUAUAGUAUAAAUUAAACAUAAAUGGGGAUAUUUGAAGCAAUUGAUUAGGUUGGUGACAUUGUAAGUGCAUAGACUAUAUACUGUACAUAAAUGUAAAUACGAAGUUCAGUGUAUCUUGCUAAAUGAUCUUUUGAGGGUCUUACAAUAUUUAACUAAAAGUUUGGAUGAUACUACUUUUGACAUAAACAACAUGGUUUCUACUUGUAUCUAUUCAUUAAUCAGAGAACUACAUAUCGCAAGUGGACAAAGAGCACUGGCUACAGCUGUUGCUACAAAACUUCGAGAUAUAGAACCUGAAACUUUUCGUACCUUUGAAUCACAUCCUCCAAACCAUAAUGAAACUCAUUUAAGAAAAGUGUAUACAGUACCAACAAAUAUACAAACAUUAAUGCAAGAUAAUGUACCAAAUGAAUGGAAGCAACAAAUACAAACUUUUGUGGAAUUUGGUAUUCUGAUUAGAAAACCAGCGGUUGAAAUAAUAUCAUACUUGGAACAAACAGACUAUUCGAAAUCUAUAAAGAAAUAUGUUCUAUAUGGUAAAAUUGGUGCAGGAAAAACAUCAACAUUGUUGCAUACAAUUCAUUAUGGUCUUGCCCAAAAGUUUAUCGUAUUACAUGUACCACAAGCUAAUACUUGGUUUAGGUUUCCAAAAGAAGUUACAGAUUCCCCGCUUAUGCCUGAUAAAUUAGAUUUACCUUUACAUGCACAAGCAUGGUUAAAAUAUUUUAAAAAUUUAAAUGAACCAUUAUUGUCGAAUAUAAAAAUUUCCAAGGAUUACGUAUGGAAUGAAAGAGAAAGUACGCCACAUGGAGAAUCACUUUCUAGUCUUAUUGAAUUUGGGAUAAAACGAAUUAAAUUUGCUUGUGGCGUUAUUGAUGCUGUUGUGGAUGAACUUAAAAUAGCCAGUACAGCAAAGAAAUGUAGGGUAUUAAUUGUUAUAGAUGGUUUUAACACAUUCUUUUCUGAUGUAACAUCAAUUCGUGAUGAAAGGAAAGUAUAUGUACCAGCACAAAGAAUAUCUUUAACCAGUUCAUUUUUGAAGUGUGCUAAUUAUGAUUGGUGUAAUGGUGCUGCAAUAUUAUCUGUAGAUAAAAAAGCAAAUAAGACUAAAAGAGAUUCUGAUUACCCAAGGUACUUACUUGGUAAAGAAGGAUUUGAACUUUUAGACCCUUUUCUUCCAAUUAAUGUUGAAGAUUAUACUUCUAACGAAUUUAAGGCCAUCAUGGAAUAUUAUAAAGAUAGAAAAUGGGUUAGAGAGAUCACCUCUCAAGGGCAAAGAGAAUUGGAGUUAUUGUCAAAUAGAAAUCCAUUAACACUCUGGAUUCGUUGUAAACCAUUAUAAAAUAAAUAAAAUCGAUUGUAAAAUGUACUAAUAAUACUAAUACUAUAAUGUUAAUAAUAACGUUAUCAUAUACUAUUAUGCAGCUAUUUUAUUACUGUCUUUAUACGAUUUUGUUUUACUGGUUAUUAAAACAAUAGAAAGUAUAUUAUUAUUAUUACAUACUUUAUUGAUUUGAAUGCUACAACAUAUCAGAAGGAAUGUUUAUUAUUUGUAAU